UACAAUCAACUCAAAAUGAUAGAGGUGUCAGGAUUUCUUCCAAGAGGAAAUGUCUAUUUGGCAGGAGAGACAGUGAAGUGCAUUGUAACCAUUACAAACCUCUCAAAACAAACACAGAACAAUAUAGAUUGCCUAGCAUGGGCCAGUGUACAGAUAAUUUGUCAGUGCUCAGUAAGUGACACAAGAAUAAAUCUACCCUGCACUAGGAAACUGUCAUCAGAUGAAAUAUCGCCAUCCUCAUCAGACACAUCAUUUGUUCCCAACAAAGGAGAGCAAGGAAUGACUGUACUGUCUACAAAACCCAGGAUUUUGUUUUGUGAUUUAAAGCUAAGGCCAGGAGACAGCAAAUCAUUCGCAUUUGAAGACGUUAUUCCUGCAGAUGCUCCACCCUCAUACAAAGGACAGGCUAUAAAGUAUUCAUAUAAACUGAUCAUUGGAGCUCAGAAGUUAGAUCAUCCCACUAAAUUACUAAGGUUGCCAUUCAGAGUCCUUGUUCUACAUGGAAUGAACGACAUCAGUGUAUACACAGACGGGGAGGAAGUACAGCCCAGUAAUCCAUUUCUAAAACAGGAGCAGAGCGAGAACAACCUGUUAGACAUAGCCAUGCAGGUUCUAGCCACCAUCACUGCCAGGAAAGCACCUCACUUCUACAACAUUACAAAUGCCAAAGGAAAAGUGGCAAAGUUCAUAUUGUUUAAGCAAGCAUAUAAACUGGGAGAGGAUAUAAUUGGUGUGUUUGAUUUCUCAGAAGGCACCGUUCCCUGUGUUCAGUUUUCUGUGACAUUACAAAGUGAGGAGCAGAUUGCCGAAGAAUGUCGCCGUAAAGUUGGCCAUGGCUCAUCUUAUACCUCAUAUGUUAAACAUCAAGAUAUGUGUCUACACACUCAAAAGACUCACAUUAAUAUCCCCAUCCCACUCUCCGCAACUCCGGGAUUUAUGACAGACAUAGUUUGUCUGAGGUGGCGACUGCAUUUUGAGUUUGUGACAUCAUGUGACCCAAUUCCGGAACUUGAAAGACCUGAAAGGCCGGACAUGAGUGCAGUGUGGUCUGGACCCUCUAAUUUAAAUGUGGAGACUAUGAUUUGGGACCUGCCAGUGAAAAUCUAUCCAACUAAUCCGUUACAUGCCUGUAGUUCAACACAGUUGAAAACAAAUGUUUCAGUUACACUUUGAGUGGUAUUCAGGAUAAAACUAAAGCUACUCAAUUUGUCUAGUCAUUAUACAACAUUGGUGGAAAACUCGUGGAAAUCUCCAGCUUCUCUGGAAUGGUACUAUAUGUAGUAGUUUCAUCCAGGUCAUCAGUACAAAGAGGAACUUAAUUUGAAAAUUGUAUGCCCUCCAAUCCUCUAGGGUCUGAAGGAUGUGACCAAAACAAUUAAAACAAGAGGCCCAUGGGCCACAUUGCUCACCUGAGCACAUUGGCUAGGAAAAAAGCAAAAAUCAUUUCAGU